AUGUUCAAGAGUUCACUAUCGACACCAAUACCGAUUCUACUACUAUUAUGGUGUACAUGUCUCAUCUCAGUGCUUGCUUCGUCUGAAUCCAUCACCAGCGUCACUCAUGAAAAAGGAGUCUGUGUCAUGCGUGGACAAUGUGGAGACAGUCUGUUCAGUAAACUUCCCUGUGUUACGAAUACACCAGCAGUGGAGCCCGAUACAGCAGAAUUCAGACAACUUUUAGUAGAUACUUGUGGUGCUGAUUACAUGACGGGUCCCGCUUGCUGCGAUAAUGAUCAGCUUAACAGCUUGGUGGACCAAGUGAAACGAGCAGAAACCAUCAUUGCUUCGUGUCCUGCUUGUUGGAAGAACUUUUUGCAGUUUUGGUGUUCAUUUACUUGCUCCCCUGAUCAAUCCACCUUUGUCAAUGUUACAGCAACAGAACAGAAUUCAGACAACACCACUUCAGUGACAGGAACAGACUUUUGGGUGGGUGAUAAUUUCGGCCACCAGUUUUUUGAUAGCUGUAAAGAUAUUCAAUUUGGUGCUGCUAACGGUUAUGCCAUGGAUUUCAUCGGAGGAGGUGCUAAAGAAUGGCAUGGUAUGUUGUCUUAUAUGGGUAGAAAGCGUCCUGGAUUAGGAAGUCCCUUUCAGAUCGAUUUCCCUGCAUUGAAUCAGACACCCAGUGAUGGCAUGGAUCGCUAUAAUGAAGACGGUAGACCAUGCAACGACACAGACGCUGCAUAUCGCUGUGCUUGCGUUGAUUGUCAAGCAGUGUGUCCUAUUUUGCCACCUGCACCUGGGGAACAACCUGAAUGCCAUGUUGGAUUGUUGCGUUGCUGGAGUUUUGCUAUGUUGAUCACCUACGCAACCAUUUUAGCUAUGGGAGCUACGCUGUUAAUUGCCAGAAACAAGCGGGUAGGUCAGUGGAUGCAGCAAUUUUUGGGUGUCAACUUGGACCGUGCAGAAUCAAGAGGCCUGUAUGAGCGUCUGGCUCUCUCAGACGAUCAAGAUGAUAUCCUGGAUGAUGAUGAUGAGAACUUGCUAGAUCCGGACUAUACACCCCGCAGAUAUUGGCUUAAUUCUCGGUUGCAAAACUGGUUCUACUAUCAAGGUCUCUUUUGUGCUCGCUAUCCGUGGGUUGUCAUUAUGACGUCGCUUGCAUUUGUAGCUGUUUGCUCUUUAGGCUGGUCUCGUUUCUCACUGGAGAGAAAUCCGGUCAAUUUGUGGGUGUCACCCUCAUCCACUGCAUUGGCUCAAAAGCACCAUUUCGACGACAACUUCACACCUUUCUAUCGCACAUCUCAGCUCUUUUUCGUCAAUCAAGUUGAUGAGCCUAUUGCUUCAGCCGAGAGAUUAGAGAACCUGUUUAAAUUAGAGGAUGAGAUCAGAUCUUUCAAAUCCAACGUCUACAAUGACACUUUGCAAGACGUCUGUUUCCAUCCCAACGGCGAUGCCUGCAUUGUUCAGUCUGUUACUGGCUACUGGCAAGGCGAUAUCAAUCAAUUUGACCCCGCUUCAUGGGAGAGCGAAUUGCAGCAGUGCACCUCUGAGCCCUCCAUGUGCUUGCCUGAAUUCCAGCAACCUCUCAAACCUGAAAUGAUCCUGGGUGGUUACAAAGACAAGGACUAUCUCACGGCCAGAGCUUUUGUUGUGACAUUUGUCUUGACCAAUUCUGUUAAUGAAACGAUGAACGACAAAUCCGAGCAUUGGGAAAAGACGCUAUUGGCCAACAUCUUGGAAGGAUUGAAUGAUCGCCCUGAAUGGAAGGGUGUCCGCAUCAGUUACUCUACCGAGAGCUCUUUGGAGAAGGAACUAAACAAGUCGAGCAACACAGACGCUGGCACUGUGAUUAUCAGCUAUCUCGUCAUGUUCAUUUACGCAUCUAUUGCAUUGGGCCGUCUAUCGUCUCUCAACCCUCGCCGUCUCUUGAUUGACUCCAAGUUCAGUCUCGGUGUGUGUGGUAUCUUGAUUGUUAUCUUUUCUGUCUCCACUGCAGUGGGCAUCUUUUCAUUCACAGGCAAGAAGAUUACGCUUAUCAUUGCUGAAGUAAUCCCCUUUCUAGUGCUUGCUGUAGGUGUAGACAAUAUUUUCAUCCUCUGCCACGAAUACGCUCGACGUGUUGAAUUGGGAGAAGACGAGUCGAUCGAAGAGCGUGCUGCAAAGACAUUAGGUAAAAUGGGCCCCAGCAUCCUGCUUAGCUCUCUCAGCGAAACCAUUGCCUUUGCUCUAGGCACGCUUGUUACCAUGCCAGCUGUCAGUAGCUUUGCCAUUGUUGCCUCUAUUGCUGUCUUUGUGGAUUUCGUUCUCCAAGUAACUUGCUUUGUGUCUUGCUUGGUGCUAGAUGCAUACAGAGAACAGAACAGCCGCAUUGAUUGUGUGCCAUGUAUUCGUAUCAAGGCGCCUGAAGUAGUCGAAAAGGAAGGUUUCCUGUCAUCGCUUGUCAAGCGUUACUACGUGCCUACCAUUUUAAACCUCACUGCUCGUUACAUCAUCUGCUUUGCGUUCCUCGGCCUCUUCACCAUUGGCCUCUCCCUGGCACCUCAAUUGCCCAUGGGCCUUGACCAGCGUAUUGCCUUACCAUCUGACUCGUAUUUGGUGCAGUAUUUCAAUGAUUUAGAUCAAUAUUUCAAUGUUGGUCCUCCCGUCUACUUUGUAGUCAAAGACGCAAAUGUCACUGAACGAGCUGUACAAAAGAAGAUUUGCGGUAAAUUCCCUGGAUGUCAUGAACGCUCCUUGGCCAACACAUUGGAGCAAGAGAGAAAGCGACCCAACGUGUCUUACAUUGGAGAGCCCACCAGUGUCUGGUUUGACGAUUUCAUGAUGUGGCUCAACCCUGCUACGGAGUGUUGCAGACUCAAGAAGGAUCAAAUGAUGUCUCGUCGUCCAUUAAGUGAUUUGGAAAAGCCCUACUAUGCUCGCAAAUGGGAGUUGUGCGGUGAGUGGGAUGACGAGGAUGAGUGCACCUACUGCAGUCCUCACUGGGAUGUCAGCAUGGAGUCCUUCCCUCAAGGCCAAAGCUUUUUGGACUUUUAUGAUCUCUGGAUUGAAAUGUCUCCUGAUGAAAGUUGUCCUCUUGGCGGUAAAGCUGCUUACGGUGAUGCUAUCGUUGCCAACCACAAGGAAAUCACUGUGAACACCUCUCAUUUCAGAACCUUCCACACCCCUCUCAGAAACCAGGACCAGUUCAUCUCUGCCUACGCCUCUGCUCAACGUAUUGCUGACAAUAUCGGCAAAGAACUAGGACUGGAAAUCUAUCCUUACUCUGUAUUCUACAUCUUCUUUGAACAGUAUACUUAUAUUGUGUCCAUGGCCUUCCAAAUCCUUGGUUUAGCCAUCCUGUCCAUCUUCUUGGUCACCAGCGCUCUUCUGGGCAGUCUCCGUUGCGGCUUAAUUGUCAUGAGCGUUGUCAUUAUGAUUUUGAUCGAUGUUAUUGGUGUCAUGACCUUAUGGGGUGUCAGUCUGAAUGCUGUCAGCCUCGUGAACCUUGUAAUUUGUGUCGGUAUCAGCGUAGAAUUCUGCUGUCAUAUUGCGCGUGGCUUCAUGGUUGCCAGCGGCAGCCAAGAAGAGAGAGCCGGCAAGAGCAUGGCCGACGUAGGUAGCUCCGUUUUCUGUGGCAUCACCUUGACCAAAUUUGCCGGUAUCAUUGUGUUGGCAUUCACUCGUUCCAAAAUCUUUGAAGUGUAUUACUUUAGAAUGUAUCUCUCUAUCGUCGUCUUGGGUGCUUUGCAUGGCCUUGUGUUGUUGCCUGUUUUGUUGAGCAUGCUUGGUGGAGAGGGCAUGGCUUUGAUGACUGAAUUUGAUGAAGAUGGAUUUGCUUGGUCCACCGGUCAUGAUUGGAGAGGCUUAGGUAGAAACAACAAUGGCUUACUGAUUGACGACAAUGAAAGCUCUGAUCAGGUCUUGAUUACCGAUAUGCCUGAAGAUGAUCAACAGCGAUCUCCCGGCUACAAUGUGUCGAAUAGAAUGACAGUCGGAUAG